AACUUGCGUGCGCGCUCCCGCGUUCUAGCGGAAGCUGCUGCCAGUGGGGAAGAUGGCGACUGUUUUGAGACUGGUGAUUUACUACAGGAGCUGAUAAAGGGAACUGCCAUAGAACGGGUCGCACACGGAAACAGGAGGAGGGGUAGAUAGUAAUACAGUGGCAGCAGCGAUGUCCCGCUCCUUAGAAAGCGAGGAUGGCUGCCUGGUUGCCAUGGAUACGAGCGAGGAGGGUGGGGCGGGGCCAGCAGCAGACACCAGCGUGAGCAUGAAGGAGGUGUCUGGGGGGGCGGCGGGGGUAGGGGUGGCGACGGGAACAUCAGCGGUGGGGAGAGAGGGGGUGAACAGCGUCGUCACCAGCGGCAGCAGCACCCAGACAGAGGAGCAGAACGGCCAGACCAUGACCCACGACGAGGAGGAGGAUGCCUACGAGGAUGGCUAUGGAGGCCUGAGCCAGAGGGCCAUGGUAGAGCUACCUGAGGAGGUUCUGGAGUACAUCCUCUCAUUCCUCUCGCCGUACCAGGAGCACAAGACGGCCGCGCUCGUCUGCAAGCAGUGGUAUCGUCUAAUCAAAGGUGUGGCGCACCAGUGUUACCAUGGUUUCCUGAGGGCAGUUCAGGAGGGAAACAUCCAGUGGGAGAGUCGCACCUACCCGUACCCCGGGACACCCAUCACCCAGCGCUUCUCACACAGUGCGUGCUACUAUGAUUCCAACCAGUCCAUGUACGUGUUCGGGGGCUGUACCCAGAGCAGCUGCAACGCGGCCUUCAACGACCUCUGGAGACUCGACCUCAACAGCAAGGAGUGGAUACGACCCCUGGCCUCAGGGUCGUACCCGUCACCCAAGGCGGGCGCCACGCUGGUGAUGUACAAGGACCUGCUGGUGCUGUUUGGAGGCUGGACGCGACCCAGCCCCUACCCCCUACACCAGCCGGAGAGGUUCUUCGACGAGAUCCACACAUACUCGCCCUCCAAAAACUGGUGGAACUGCAUCGUGACGACCCACGGGCCCCCUCCCAUGGCUGGGCACUCCGCCUCCGUCAUCGGCAGCACCAUGGUGGUGUUCGGAGGCUCUCUAGGGGCGCGACAGAUGAGUAAUGAGGUGUGGGUGUUGGACCUGGAGCAGUGGUCCUGGUCCAAACCGACCAUCACCGGGCCGAGCCCCCACCCCCGAGGAGGCCAAUCACAGAUCGUGAUUGACAGCGAGACAUUGCUCAUCCUGGGAGGCUGCGGUGGGCCUAAUGCUCUCCUGAAGGAUGCGUGGUUGCUGCACAUGGGCUCCCCCUCCUGGACAUGGCAGCAGUUGCGGGUGGAGAAUGAGGAGCAUGGAGCCCCAGAGCUGUGGUGCCAUCCAGCAUGCAGGGUGGGCCAGUGUGUGGUGGUGUUCUCCCAGGCCCCGUCGGGCCGCGCUCCCCUGAGCCCCAGCCUCAACUCCCGGCCUUCCCCCAUCAGUGCCACCCCGGCUCCGCUGGGGCCCGACCCCCCGUCCCUGCGCUCCCAGUCGCCCGUGCGCAGCGGGAGCGGGGCGGCAGGCGUGGUGCUGGGCUCCGUGGAGGAGGCCCCCUGUGUGAACGGGCGCUGGGGCACGCUGCGGCCGCGGCCCUCCCCUCGCUCCGGAGCCAGGGAGGGCAGUCCGUCCUCCUCGUCUUCCUCGCCACCUCUUCAGCAUCAGCAGGCGUCGCCGCUGCAGGGCCCCGACAGCCCCCCCAUGCCGCCCCUCCUGCUCAACGGCUCCUCCCCCUCGCCGCGCACCAGCCCCGCCCAGGCCGCGUCCCCACCCUCACGGCCUCACGCCCACCCGCACCACCCCCAUCAUCACCCCCAUCACCCUCCUACGGACUACAGCUGGGACUCCUCUCCUCCACCUCCUCCUUCCUCCUCCUCCUCUCUCUCCUCCUCCAUCCCAGAAGGCCUGAGCUCCAAUGGGCUCCACACGCCACCGCCCCUUUCCUCCGCCUCCCCCCGCACGCCCCCUGGUGCUGUAUCCCCCGCGGCGCUCCGCAGAGGUCUGGAGGCCGUCAAAGCCCUCUCUUCCUCCUCCUCUGCAGUCUCCUUAGCAUCCUCCUCUUCCUCGGUGACCGCGGCCUCAGCAACGUCAGGAGGAGGAGGAGGAGGAGGAGCAUCGUCAGCCAGCCCGCCCCUCCCCCCUGCUUCGGCCUCGUCCUCCUCCAGCCCUCCCCAGGCCUCCGCCUCCUCCGCUGACGGACACGCCAUCCCACCAAUCGCGCGCCGGCAGCUGGGCCACCACCCGCCCCAGAGCCUGAACGUGGGCAAGCCGCUCUACCAGUCGCUCAACUGCAAGCCCAUGCAGAUGUACGUGCUGGACGUGUCGCGCGCCAAGAGCGCCGCCACGGUGGCCUGGAGGGUGUACGGCAGCGGGGGCUCGUCGCCCGCCGUGACGGGGCCCCCCGAGACCAGCCUGCACACCGUGGUGCAGGGCCGCGGCGAGCUCAUCAUAUUCGGGGGGCUCAUGGACAAGAAACAGAACGUCAAGUACUACCCCAAAACCAACGCCUUGUACUUUGUACGCGCCAAAAGGUAAUGUAGCAGACAGUACAGUGCAGACGAGUGUGAGAGAGUGGAGUGGAGUGGAGUGGAGUGCUGUGGACGGGGGCGAUCGACCCACAGAUGGACAGACAGACAGACGAACGAACAAACAAACUGACACUAACUUGCUUCAGGUGUGGUGUUCGGAAUCGGAAAGCUUUUAAAUGGAAUGGAAUAUAAAAGAACAAUGGACACCACCACAAGAAAUGGAAAAAAGUGUGUGUUGGGGUGAUUUUGGAAUGGGGUGGGGAGGGGGAGGGGGGAAGAGGGGGGAUGAUUUUGGGGUGUGGGGUUGGAAGGGUGUUCCCUCUUGACAAGGGAAUUAAAACUGGCCUUUACAUGAAGGAGGGGAUGGACUAAGGAGUUUAGUCCGGAGGAUUCAGCAGGGAGGUUGUAUUGGUGGAAUGGGGCACCCUAGGUCACGCCCUCUACUUCCUGGUUCAUGGGGCAAUAAGUUGCAAAAAAAUGAAUGGAAGGGAACGAGGCGAGUCCUGGUGGAUUUGUGGUGGUCCAAGGUUUGGAUUGGUGUCGAAAAACCACUCAUUUCAAGCCCAGUAAUUAUUGUUUUACUCCCCAUGCCCCAUGAACCAGGAAGUAGAGGGUGUGACUUAGGUUUCCCUGAAACACAAGAGAUGAUGAUGAUGAUGUGUCACUUAAACCCUGUUGUUCAAUCUCCAGCUCUCCUACGCCGUUAACCUCUAACAGACAUACAGACAUGAUGACAUGAUAUUAGGAUAUGAUAUGAAAUUAUAUGACGUGAAGACAUCUCCGGGUUGCUCUGCUCUACACCACAUUAAAACAAGACUAAAACCCAUGCAAGACUAGACGCAAAGACAACACCUUGUUUCUGAAGUUACUGGACCUCCUCCGCCUCCUCGGGUGUGUGUGUGUGUGUGUGUGUGCGCGCAUGUGUACGAGCGUGUGUGUGCACGCUCGUGUGCAUGUGUGUGCAAAAAGAAGAAGGGUGACAAUUUUUGUGCAAAAGUGCUUGAUUUCUAGUGUAUAACACAGUGUGUGUGCCGUGUGUGUGUGUGUGUGUGUCGUGAAUGAUUGUGUGUGUUACUCUUUCUUUGUGCAAGGGAUUGAUGAAAAGAGGAGGAUGGAGAGCGGACGAGUGAGCAACAGUGGACUACUACCUUGCUUUUUUAUCACUUUCAACCUGCAUUGUUUACAUUGAACACUCCGAGUGAAAGUGCAUGUGUGCGUGUGUGUGUCGGGUAUUGAUUGUGUGUGUGUGUGUGUGUGUGUGUGUGUGCGCGCGCAGGGUGAUGGUGGCUGAGAAGGGCAUUGGGUGGAUGAUGAUGAUGAUGAUGACGGGGUGUUUAAGUGAACUGUAAGCAAAAGUCAAAUAAUAAAAGCCUCCAUGUCUUAACUGUA